UAAUAGAAAAGGCUCGAUUGGGGUAUUCCCCUGUCCCCCUGGUGUUUGGUGGCAUUGCAAAUGGGCAAGGCUAAAAUGAGCUGGUUAUCUCAGGAUCAUGGAAAGCCUGGAAUCAAGAUUCAGGAAUGCUCCCUAUUUUCGUUGUGAGAAAGGAAACGAUUCUGUCCCAGUGUGCCAGAAGUGUGAAACGUGUGUCUUGGCCUGGAAGAUCUUUUCUACCAAAGAGUGGUUCCGGAGAGUCAAUGAGAUAUGGCAGAGGAGGUUUGUAGUCAGCAUUCUGGAGCAGUUAAAUAGCUUAUAUUUGUUACACUAUUUCCAAAAUAUCCUUCAGGCCACACAGGGGAAGGAUUUCAUCUAUAACAGGUCCCGGAUCAACCUCAGCAAGGAGGGGAAAGUAGUGAAGUCCUCCUCCUUUAACCAAAUGUUGGAUAAAACAGUGGAACAGAAGAUGAAGGAGACAUUGUACUGGUUUGGGACCAGCACCCACCGGACCAAGGCCAAUUACACCCUCCUGCUGCUGCAGAUGUGUGACCCCAAGUUACUGCUCACUGCUGCCAAUGUGAUCAGGGUUCUGUUUCUGAAAGAACGGAACAAUAUCUCAGGGCUCAAUAAAGACUCCUCUGAUGUGUAUUUUUCCCCCGAGAGAAAGUACAAUCCCCAGUCUGAGACCUCACAUGUGUAUUGGGCAGUCAGAACUCAGCAGACAUCCUUUCCUUUGUCCAAAGCCCCAGAAGGUGAAAAUGUGCAGGGAAGAACAUCUAAUCUUGAGGGACAGUGGAGGAGUUCGCUCCAGUGUAUUUCUGAGAUGAACAAACUAUUUUCUGGGGAAGCGAGCCUCAGCAAGCCAGGUUACAACCCCUGCAAUCUGUUGGUUGACCUGGAUACUGUCAAGGAAUUGUCUUCUGGGUUCAGCAAAUACCGAGACUUCAUCCGUCUCCUGCCCAUCCACCUCUCCAAGUACAUUCUAAGAAUGCUGGAUAAGAACAGCCUACACAGGUGUUUCUUCGUGAGCCAGCACUGGGCCAUCGUAGCCCAGCAGGUCAAGAUGGAAUUGUCGGCGCAGAAUUUCAUCCAGAACCAGAUUACCAUUUUGCAGGGGUCUUACUCAAGGGGAAUAGACCCCACUUACGCCAAUAAGCUUCUUAUCCCAGUCCCUAAGAUAGUCGAUGAUGCGAAACGCGUGCGUGUGAAAGGCCAGAGAUGGAAGCUGAGGACAAAGAAUGACUACAACCUGUGGACUGCAUACCAGAACCAGGAAACUCAGCAGGUCCUGAUGGAGGAGAGAAAUGUCUUCUGUGGGACCUACAAUGUCCGCACGCUUUCAGACACGUGGGACAAAAAUAGAGUCAUCUACUAUGCUGGGGGAGAUUUGGUGGCUGUGUCAUCUAAUCGGAAGAUCCAUCUUCUGGACAUCCAAAAAGUGAAGGUGUUACCCAUCAUGUUCCGAGGUCAUGCUGGGAGUGUCCGGGCCCUCUUCUUGCAAGAGGAGGAAAACUUUCUCGUAAGCGGAAGUUAUGACCUAAGUAUCAGAUACUGGGAUCUGAAAAAUGGGACUUGCAUACGAAUCUUCAAUGGCCACCAGGGCACAAUCACUUGCAUAGAUUUAUAUAAAAACAGGCUCGUAUCAGGAGCAAGAGAUUGCCAGGUGAAAGAAUGGGAUUUAGAUACAGGGAAGUGCCUGAAGACGUUUAAACACAAAGACCCCAUCUUGGCCACCAGGAUCAAUGACACCUACAUUGUGAGCAGCUGUGAGCGAGGGAUAGUCAAAGUGUGGCACGUUGCCAUGGCCCAACUUGUCAAGACUCUCAGUGGCCAUGAGGGACCUGUGAAAUGUCUGUUCUUUGACCAGUGGCACCUCCUGUCGGGGAGUUCUGACGGGCUGGUCAUGGCCUGGAGCAUGGUGGGGAAAUACGAGCGCUGCCUGAUGGCCUUCAAACACCCAAAGGAAGUGCUUCACGUGUCCCUUCUCUUCCUCCGGGUCAUCAGCGCCUGUGCAGAUGGCAAGAUCCGCAUUUACAAUUUCCUCAAUGGGAACUGUCUGAAGGUGAUAAAAGCCACUGGCAAAGGGGAUCCUGUGCUGUCCUUCUUUAUUCAGGGCAACAGGAUUAUAGUCAACACAGAGAGCAACAUCCUCAUGUUUCAGUUUGAGAACAUAAAAUGGCAGUAUGCUGCGGAAAAAAGUAAACAGAGGAAGAACAAGGAGAAAGAGGAGGACAAGGACAAAAACAGCCUCAUGGAAGCUCUCUCCAAGUCUAGCACUCAGAUUCAUAGUCUGAGAGAUUCUAUAUCCAGUAAACAAACUGUGACCCAGGAGCUUCUAUCAAGUAAAUCUCAUAAGCCCCGAGUUGUCCUGGAGGUGGCCAAGUUUUCUUCAGCAGAUGAUGUGAUGAAGGCACAAAAACAAGGACAAGUAGAAACUCCUGGAGAACUGAUCCAUCAUCAACUAAAGAAAAAGUCUGGGAAUAUCCCUAUGUCACCUGACCAAUUCCUACUAACCGUCAGUGCUGUGCAGAGAGCCCACAAUUCAGGGGAAUUUGCCUAUCCCCGUAGGCCCCAAACCCAAGUCAUUGAUGCCUGGGGACCUUCAAUCUCUUACCCAAGGAAGGUCCUGAAUUUCAAAGGAAAAUCAGUCCAACAUGCAGUUGAUCGGUUGAGAAUCAGCAAUCCUCCCAUAGAUGUGAAAAAAACCAACAUUCCCCUUGAAAUCCAGAAACUACAGCCUAAUCUGAAGAACUCUUUGCAAGGUCCCAGAGUACAGUCCACCAUACCCCAGCCCAUGCUUAUCCGUCCCCGGUUCCCAGGCAACUUAAGGGAAGACCAGGUAACCAGUUCAACUGAAGGGGCAGUGCGCAUUACAGGCCCCCUGACCAGUAUGCAGGUCAUUAAACACAACCGCAUGGUGGUGCCACAAGUGAGCAGAGCUACCCUUACUCUUAAGAAAGAGCGACCUCGCAUCAGCACAGCCCUUGAUCCCCUUAGGAUGAACACUGGGUUCAUGUUGUUGACUGUGAAGGAGGAGAAAGAGUACGGGGAAGCCAAGAUGAAGGAGUAUCAGGCCGGGGGGUCCAUUGCAAUGGUUGAUCCAGAAAAAGCCAGGAAAGCUGCAUGGAUCAGGAAGAUCAAAGGCCUGCCUAUUGAUAAUUUCAUGAAGCAAGGGAAAAUUGCAGCCCCUGAACUUGGACAAAAUGUGUUCAUCUAAACCAGCCUUGGGAAAUUACAAUAUCUUACAAUAAACAGAAACUCAAG